CAUAUAAUUGCUUAUGCUAGCAGGUCUCUAAAUUCUGCUGAAAUCAAUUACUCUCCAACUAAAAUUGAAUAUCUUGCUGCAGUAUGGGGAAUGGAAUAUUUUCGAUCUUAUAUUUAUUUUAGAUCUUUUGAACUUAUUACAGAUCAUUCUGCUUUACGUUGGUUAUUAAACCAACCUAAUCCUAACAAACAAGUAACUCGAUGGAUACAACGAAUUGCUGAUUACCCUUAUACAGUUAUACACCAAAAAG